AUGAUAAAUCGGUCACCUACGAUGAAAUCGACACAUAAAUAGAAUCAGAGCUUGGAUCCCUUGCUCAUUUUAACUCCUCCAAGUAGCUUACGUGAGAUCAGUUGUUCGUUUCGGGGUAAUUUGAAUCGAUAUGUUUCGAUACAAAGUCGAAGAAACAAAUAUGAGCAGCAAGAGGAUUCACAUCAAUAAAGAUAAUUUAGAUUGCAUUUGCAAAGAUUGUAUCAAGAAUCAUUCAUCAAACAACUACUGGAUAAAGCUAUGCCAGCCAGCCGAAUGAACAACUAUUAGAAGUAAGUUCUUGAUGAUUUGUAAUUUGGGUAGGAUACAUAAAUAGAUGAUAUAGACAGUACUUGUUAUAAAUUUAUGUUCAACUAUCUGAACAAUUAUCCUAUCAUAUAACCGUAAAGCAGUUUAAAACUGUGUUCGGAUAUAAUUUUCAUUAUAAACACAUUGAUGAUAUUUAUAUGGUUGCCAUUUAAGUAUUCAUUUGAAUUCGAUUCGAUUCUCUAAAUAUUAAAUUAUGGUUAUUACUACAUAAUUGAAUAUUUGUUGGUGGUGAUGUUGAUAUUUGAAAUGAUUAUCUCAUUUAACUAGGCUUACAUAUUUAAGGGGAAAGUAAUUAAGUAAUAAAUUCUUAUUGUAUUAGUUAGCGCUAUCAUAUAAUAUACAACUAUUUGAAAUAGGACAUGAUUAAGGACUUUAUCUGUUUGGUUUCCUUGAUAGUUCUUUUAUUCUAAACUUUGGAGGUGGCAGAAUUGAAUCUGGCAUUGUUGUGUGUAUUUGGGAUUCUUUAAGGAGCCAAAUUGUUGAAGGUGGUGAACAAUACUCAGGAAUACUUUAAUUUUUAGCAAAACAAUUUAAUUCCAUUGAUUAUCAAUUUGAUUGCAGUAAUUUAUGUGAUCCAUUUGGUGUCAUGUAUAUGGUACACAUUAAUAAAGGAUAUAAAUAAUUUAAAAUCGUUAGAGAAUGUAUUUCAAUAAUACGUUGAAUGUUUCCAUUGGGCAUCAGUCUACUUGACUAGUUCAGGACUUUCGAAUUUAGAGUCACACAACAAUGAGCAAUUGAUAUUUUCAUCGAUGAUAUCAAUAAUUUCAAUAUUGAUAAAUGGAUUUGUAACAAUAAAGAUUGGAUUCUUUUUGUAUAAUCAUUCUUAGAGAAUUAAACACAACUAAUACAUUAACAUGAUGACAAAUUAUAUGAAUUUAAACAGCAUAAAUUUGAAUUUACAACAUAGAAUCCGCAGUUAUUUGCAAUACAUUUAUAAAGUAAUUUAAAAUAAUAAUUAUUAUUUAGUAAGAACAGUAAAUGAAAGAUGAAGACAUUACUUAGAUAAUGGGUAAGUUGUCACUUUAAUUAAGAAGUGAAUUGAAGCAUUAAUUGUAGGCUAAUAUUUUAGAGCAAUGCAAAAUGAUAUCCUCAAAUUUCUCUAUUAAAUUGAGAAAAUAGUUGGUGUAUUAUAUGGAGGAAGUGAAAACAAUACCUGAGUAAAGAAUCUUGAGUUUGAAUGAGUAGGAUGACAGUUCAAUCUAUUUUAUAAAUAAGGGAGAAGUGAAUGUGAUAUUUGAAUAAACAAACAAUAUGAAUGAGAAGCAUUCUCGUAAUCAUAUAAAGACUUUGCAAAAAGGAGAGUACUUUGGAUUUUUAGGGUUUAUAACUGGAUGCUCAAGGACAGCUACAAUAAUUAGCAAAGGGUUCUGCUAAUUGUACAAGAUACAAAGGAAACAUUUUGUAAAUUUGCUUGAACAAUUUCCAGACGAUAAGGAGAAAUUCUACAUGAUAAAGGACAAGGUCUAAUUUCAGCAGGACUUAUCUAUGCUAGACGUGAGAUGUUAUAGUUGCAAAUCUACUAGUCAUUUGGUGAAUUAGUGUCCAUUCUUACAUUAUUAACCAGAUAAGGAUAGAGUGAUCAAAUAACAAUUGUAUCCAAUCCAAUAAGAAAGAGAGGAGAUGUAAUAUAAAUAGACAUGUAUCUAGUUAACGCAAAUCCAAAUAUAUCAAUGCCAUGUUGUAACAAACAGUAAUUCAAGAUUUGGCUAAAGAAUUGAUGAAGGAUUUGGAACACGUGGAAGCAAGUGAGAACUUAUCAGAAGAGGAAUCCUAGGAUGUUCAAACAAGAACUAUAAAAAGUAUAAUGGAUUUCUUUAAUAGGCACCUCGAAUAUCCAAACCAAAAGUUUAAGCAAAUCUAUCAGUUAGUAUAGCAAUCAGUUGAGUAGGUUUAGUCAUAGGCCUUCUUAAACUUUGACAGUGGGAUUGAGUUAAAAUUAUCAGUCAUCCAAAUCUCAGGAGGAAAUAGGCAAGUUUGAAUAGGAGGUGUUGAAGAAGAUGUCCCUGCAAAGGAAAUCUUAAUAGAAGGAGACGGCAGGAUUUGGAGCCAAAUUUGAAUCUCAGAUGCAUAACCCAAUUCAGGAGAAUGAUGAAGAUAUACCAGUCAUUGAUAUCAUAGACGAAGAAUUUUAGUUGCAAUAGUAGGAGAAUUAAAGGGUUGCACAAUAGUUUUACUACUCAGAUAGGAGUCCAAGAAUUUACAGGAGAGUAUCAUAAAGAGUUACAUUUGAUCAAAAUUUGUUUGGGAUGAGGAAACGAAGGUCAAGCAUAAUUUAUGAGAAUUACAUUUAACAAUUGUGUGAGGAAGAACACUAUUAAAUCGAAUUCGUAAGAUUGCUUUCAUUACCAACCAUAGCCCAUCAUUACACAGCCAUCUGUAGGAGACUUCGAUAAAAUCUGUGAGUUCAGAGAGUAUUAUCCAGAGUAUAACAUCUCCAGAGUGAUGAAGUUUCUCUAGAGAGUGGCCUCUACAUAUCAUAGACAAAACAUCAAUUCCUUAUACUCUUUCUUGUUUAUUGCCAUUCAGAAGGGAUAAGCCAUGAAGGACAAAUUAAAUCAUUUUCAGAGCAGAGGAACCAUCAAGCCAAGCUCGAAUAAAAGGAUAUAUAAGUAAUGACAUUCAUAUAUGAAUUAGGAAAGGCAAAGUUAAAACAGUUAUAUUUUGA